ACUCCUGACUCUUGAGCUUUAAAGGAGGGGACAAAUCCUUCAAACUGAGCUGACUUGGCAUUGCAACGUUCCGCUAGCGAAUGCUGGCUUCGGAUGAGCGAACUCCGUAAAUCGGGCCGCACUUGGAAAGCACCAUCCUCCCGUAUGCGCUAAAACAAAGCAAAGGAGUUUUGCAUUUCUUUUUUGGAUCCUACAUCCCAGUGAGGAGGGAGCGUUGUGAGACACAUUGUCAGCAGCACGGGCAGCACAGGGAAGAUGUUGCUGAAAGAGUACAGGAUAUGCAUGCCGCUCACUGUGGAGGAGUACCGCAUCGGGCAGCUUUACAUGAUCAGCAAACACAGCCAUGAGCAGAGCGACCGAGGGGAAGGUGUGGAAGUUGUCCAGAACGAACCUUUUGAAGACCCCUUGCAUGGGCAGGGACAGUUCACAGAAAAACGGGUCUACCUCAACAGUAAACUUCCCAGCUGGGCUCGGGCAGUCGUUCCUAAAAUCUUCUACGUGACCGAGAAGGCGUGGAACUAUUACCCUUAUACAGUCACAGAAUACACAUGCUCAUUCCUUCCCAAGUUCUCCAUUCACAUAGAGACGAAAUACGAGGACAACAAAGGUAGCAAUGAUAACAUCUUUGACUCCGAGUUGAAGGACCAGGAGAGGGAGGUGUGUUUUGUCGACAUCGCUUAUGAUGACAUUCCUGACCGCUACUAUAAGGAAUCAGAGGACUUGCGAUACUUCAAGUCAGAGAAGACAUCGCGGGGCGUGCUUCAGGAAGGAUGGAGGGACACGCAGCAUCCCAUCAUGUGCUCGUACAAACUGGUCACAGUCAAGUUUGAGGUGUGGGGUCUGCAGACGCGUGUGGAACAGUUUGUUCACAAGUUGAUUCGUGAUGUCUUGCUGCUUGGACAUAGGCAGGCCUUUGCUUGGGUGGAUGAAUGGAUUGACAUGACAAUGGAUGAGGUGAGAGAAUUUGAGCGAACAAUCCAGGAGGCCACCAACCAGAAGAUUGGGAUGUUCCCCCCGUCGAUCUCCAUCAGCGAGACCCCCCUAUCCUCCAGUUCCCUCACUGGUCCCGCCAGCGCCCCCUCCACUCCACUGUGCACCGAUGCACCCGAUUCCCUCUCCGUGUCCAAGGACAGGCCCCGCAAAAAGUCAGCUCCAGAAACCCUGACACUUUCCGAGCCGUCUCCGAGCGGUGUGCAGCAUGGAUCUGCUACUGGCCCACUUCCUUCUUUGAAUCACCUUCAAUCUUCAACAUCGCCUUCCUCCAGCUCCAGCGCCGAUCCUACUGAGAUGGGAGAGCAGUAGAUGGACCUUUCUGAAUGUCUUCCCCACUUCCACUUUUGAUCUGUUAACCCCAGAAUCCCAAAUAUUCACUCUUUCGGCAUUCUCAGAUAUGUCUGCACGACAAUGAUUGUUUUUUUUUCUGUGUGUUUUUCCAAAAGUUUGGACAACAAAUCAAUUCCAUUCAUCUUUAAUUUUGUUGUGUAGCGAUCCUUUGAAUUUGCCAUUUCCCUUGCUUUCCUUAGUUGGUGAAAAAAAAAAAAUAGAUGCCUUAUACUAGCGCCGCAGAGCCACCAGUUUCCCUUUGUAUUUAGUCACAACACAAACUGCGAGUUCACAUGAAAAAGGCUGCAGUUAUGUUCUUAGGGGCCGAGAGUAUUUCCUAAAGUACACAAAGCAUUACAAGAUCAGUGUUCAUACCUCAGGUCUCCCCUCCUCGACUUACAGAUGUCACUGUAGACUUACUCUACUUACUUGUUGCCAAACAGCCACUUUUUAUAUUACAACACAGCCUAUUCCUUGUAAUGCUGAACCCACGGACUGUUUACAAUCAUAAAAUGUUUGCCUAUACGUAAUAAAGCCAUUAAGUACACUGGCAGUUUUGGCACGACAGUGUUACCGUACCCCAACUUGCGGUCAGUAUGUAUGCUUGAAUGGCUCAUGUGCAUACAGUGCUGUAUAAAACUAACUUUAGAAACUCUAGCUUGACCAAACAUAACUAGUGUGUCACUCAAUAGACCUCCAGAAAGACUGAACUGUUAACAAAAGUUACCCCCCCAAAAAAGUCAUAGGUCAUGUUUGUUUUUAUUCACCUGUCAAGACACCAAGCUACUUCCUAGAAGACAAUUCCACGAAAUGCCAUAUUGGUGACCAUAAUCUAUCUGCACCUUGAUUCAAUCUCUGCACUAUUUGAUGGGCUCCUUGGCACCAUUGCCCUAAAAAAAGUUUUCUUUUUACAUUUUUAUUUUAUUUAUUAAAUUCUGUUAACGUACCACUUUUAAAAAUGGGGGCGGGGGCAUUCUAGAGGAACUUUUACACACCGUAAUAUAUUCACAGUGAAGGGAAGGGUACCGCAAAGCUCUAUCUAAAGAUGCGGGCAUGUGCAUCAAGCUGACUUGAGUAUGUGCUUUGUUAGCCGAGCAGACACUUUCGCCUCAUAACUGCAUCGAUUUUGUCUGAUGAGUGAUUGAGCAGAGAAUCCUUCUUUAUUGCCAUGUUACCCAACUAGUCAAUAUAUUCUCUCUACCUGGUGAAAAUUAUGAAAGGUUACAAAAAUGUGGCGAGUACUACUUUUCAACAACUCGAGACAAUAUGAACAUCACACAAUAUUACAGUACAUAAGUAAUGGGGAAUUAUUCAAUUGUUCAAAGUACUUGUAUAUGCUGCAUGGGAUGUUCCUAAUUUAUGUACACAUGAAGGAUGUUUGUAUAUGCAGUUUUCAGACUGAAUGCCUUUGAUGAUGCAAUUCGAUGAAUGCCUCAAUGCUAUAAUUUUAUAUUAAAUACAUUUUAAGUGAGACGUGAGCAUGAAAGACUACAGGCCUACAAACUACUUCAACUUGGUGCCUCUGCAUGCCUCAACUGCAUUGUCACAUGUAAUCUAACAAACCGUAUAUCAGCACCGGGUUUCUGUUCAGGAAGUACGUGAGAAUUUAGUGGGAAAACAUACAAAAAAAAAAAAGCACAAUAUUCGUGAACUGGACAAUUUUGUUUAAAUGCAUCUGCCUUACCAACGGGCAUGCUAGGAUUUUGCCCCAAAAGACUGUUUUGCUGUUUGUGCACUACUUUUAGUAUGGAAUCCUCCUAGAUUCAUAUGUGCAUGGCCUACAGCAUCCCGCGGUGAUGUAGCUGAGCUAGGCAUCAUUAGACAAUAGACAUGCAGUUAUGCCCCAAAUGAUUCUAACCUGUGAAACAUUUGAACUGAAUUUGCAUGUGUUGAAGAUCUGUCUGGAAAUCAAAUGACACAAGAAACUAUAUUGUUUUCUUCCUUUUGAAAGUAAUUCACAUCUCUCACAAUUUUGACAAUGUUUUUGCAUCAUCUUUAAGGCUCAAGCAUUCUAAGCAACUAUACAAUAAAAUCAUUCCAUAUUCCUACAUUCUAGGAUAUGAAUUAUUUUCAUUAUGUUCUUACCUAUACAGUCUUCUUCCACUUUCUUGUGUCUCCUAAAAGAUCACAACAUAAAAAUCUGUUUUAGCUCAGUUUGUCCGUCAUUGUGGGUUUAACUGCAUGUGUCAGGGCUAACUUGUUAUUAAAUUUUUGUUUUUAUUCUGCCGUCCAUUUAGCUGUUACUUUUGAAAUUGACUUCCGGUGUGCGUUUUGCACAGCCCAGUUAUAUUUGUGAAUGGGGCAAUGUGUUCUAUUGCUCUCCUGGUAGUGAUAACAUGAGCAUCCUCUUGUGGUCUUACUUGGCAUAAAAUCUUUAAUAUUCUGUACAGUUCAUCAUUAAUUGUCGUAUUUGUCUUAUCAUCUUUUUGUAAGGAGUACACAGACAACUCUGGUAUUAUACCAUCUCUCUUGUCAGGGAUACAUUUAAUCUACGAUGGGCUGUUACAAUAAAAAAAAAAAACACAAUUUCCAACUAUGUAAUAUGGUCUGCUCUGUUUAAAAGAGUAAUGUAAAUGCUGUU